CCCGCUUGCUCGGCCCAAAGAAAAACAUGGCUGCCGGGGAAAGCUUCGUCCAAACUGCAAACGGAGAAGAAGACCCCGGGGAAGAGGACGAUGACUGGUCUGAUUUUACAUCAGAUGUAAACACCGCUAGCACAUCUACUAAUUUUGACGAACACAGUGACAAGAAAUCUCUUCCAUCGAAGAAUAAUACGCAGGCUUUUGACAGCGCAUCGGAAACGACCAAGCUUUGUUUUCCAUUGGCUUCAAGCUCGUCUUCUGAUUUAUUGAAUGGAGAAACGAGUAAAAAUGACUUAGAAGAAAAGCCUUCUUUACUUGAAGAACAUUUGCCUUAUUCUAGCUAUUUUCCUCAGCCAGCUUGGAAAGGAUCAUGUUUUGAAUCUGCUUUGAUCAAGUCAUUGAAUAUCUUGUCACCUAUUAAGGGUGAAGAUCAAGGCUGUAACAUUGAUAUUGAAAGAAUUCCUGGCCUCUUUAAUUUUCACCAACUGUCAGAAAGAAGCAUGGACUUUUUGCGAUCCUCCCCUAGAUGGGAUUUGGGACAGAGAAUUGACAACAGCUCAGGAAUGAUGCCAGCAAGAUCAAGAGAAUCUGGGCUUGAUGAAAGCAGUGAUAACAAUUUGAAUGAGUUUACUGGAGAUUUAGAAAUAUGGACUGAUUCUGAUGGAGCUGAUGCUGAUGAGUUCUUCUUGUUGUUUGGAAAGGAACAAACAGAGGAAACAAGAAGUCUCGAGGAUGGCCAUCCUGCAGCUGGUCUUCAUCAACUUGCUUAUGAGGAACUCCAAGAUCUUAGAGAUGAGAUGGCGACAUACGUAAAGGAGUAUUCUGAUGUACUUGUGGAAGAACUUAUCGUCAAAGACGAACAGUUACGAGAAAAAGAACUGAAAAACUCUUUUAUUUCAUCAUUAUUAACACUUCAGUCUAAAUUACGUGAUGUUCAAUCUAGUCAGGGAAAGAAGAAAAACGUACCAUCUGCAAAUAUAUAUCUUACAACUGUGAUACCAUACGAGGAAAAAAUGGGAGGACCAAACAAGCAAAGCUUAGAGAAGUUAAUAGAAAUUAUGGAUGCCAUGAAAUGUGACAGUCCAACAGUACCAAACCUAUUAACAGAGUAUAUUUUAAAAGUUCUUUGUCCAUAGUUCAUUAGGGGAAAGAAAGGUUUCUUUAAAGAUGACGUGGUUGCUGCCUCAACAAUAGAAUAUUAUGUUUAUAAAUAAAAUAUCAGCAAGAUGCCGAUACACAUAGCUUUAUAAAUUGCAUGGCUUGAGCCAAGAGUAAACAGAUAGAGCAACAAUUUCAUCAACUCUUAUAAUCAUGGACACGACAAGAAAAGAUAGCAGCAGUCCACUGAGUAUUAUGGCUAGCCAAUGAGGAGUUUGGUUAUUAUGACAAAAUAGAUUACUACUGGAUAAUAAUGCUUUGUCAACACUGUAUCCUUCAUCCAAGAAAUCAAGACCAAGAGAUAUUUUGAGCAUUACAGACCUAUGGUUGGCCAAUGGUAUGGCUUGUUAUGUGACAUUUUAACCUGUCAAUCAGAAAGUAAGAACCUGGACCAUUUUGUCACUGGAUAACCUGAUAUUGUCAGUCAAAAACUAAUUGAAAACACCACCACCAAAAGAUAAAAAUGCAUGAAAAUAAAUAUCAAAAGGGGGAAUCUGUAAUGCCGUAGACAAAAUAAGGACACAAUGGCAACUACAUAUGAAUUGCAGCAGUGAUAAUGAUUAUAAGACAAAGUAAAGAAUCAAAGGAUACAAGAAAUGGAUAACUCUGAAAAACUAAUGCAUUUUUACCUCUCGUUUUGAGAGGGAGAAAUGCAGAAUCUCAGACAGAGGAAUUAAACAUUUAAAAAUCAUGAGGGACAGUUGAUUGGGUGAGGAUCAGAAUGGGUGAAAAAUAUGGCAGAUGUGGAAUUUUCCCAUACGCUUUGCAAGGACCUUGAAUUUUUUGGAAAUUCAAUUAAUGAAGGGGAAAAUUCAAUUCACCAUUUUCUCAUCCAUCCUUCCUGUAAGAAUUAACGGUUCUCGAGUUUCCAAAAAGGAGUUGAAUUAUGAAGAGGACAUUUUUGCAUGUUAUGUUCAGUAUGUAGAUAAGGUUUUUUUAUACAAAAGCACUAUAAUUUAUUAUCUCAAAUAUUUUAAUUUGUUUUAAAAUAAUAACAAUUUUUUAUCAAAGAAUUAACUCGUUAUUUUUCGAAGAAAGCAAUUUGUUUUUAUAGUUUUACUUUUUAUUAUUCAUCCAGGCCCUAAUCCUCUAGACUCAAUUACUUGCCUUUGGCUGAAAUGUAAGCAAGAGAGGAACCAAGUUGUCAUUCAUGUUUGCUCUGCCAAAACAGAAAUUGUAUAUUGCAUCCUAUAACUAGAAGCUUCUAACAGAAAAUACAUGAAAUUGAAUAGAAAUGUUUCCUAAUCUCAUCAGCUUGUUGAAAAUAAUAAUAAAAUAAAGAAAUGAAAUGCAAUGUGAAAUAAUCCAAUGACACUUUUACGAGGCUUGUGUGAAUUGGAUUGGACUACAUUUCUUUAAAAUUGAAAUUUACAUUAGUGUAAAAGGUUAUUUUUGAUUUCAAUAAAGGACUAAGAAUCUAUGCUGAUGACCUCCA